CUUAUGUGAUUUGCAGCAUUGCCAUGUGUAUCAGCAGCUAAAUAAUAAUGUAGUCACUUUCUGUUAAAAACAGAUGUUUGGACAACAUACUUUCGAUAUUUCAAACAGAUGAUACAUUAUUAAGGGUUUUAUGAGUUUAGAAUAUACUUGGAUUUGUAUAGAAGAAGUACACAUGAAGGUCAUUGUAAGAUGUGGCAACACAGCAUGUACUUAAAAAUGUGGGUUAUGUGAUGAUUGUAGUCUUGAAAUGAAAUCCUGCUUGAACCGUUAAAAAUGUUACGAAUACAAAUUUAAAUGCGCGGCGAGUGGUGGCGGAAAGGUGAAAUUAUUUAACGCUUCCACGUCUUCGGACGGCCGCUCAGUAUUCUUUUCAGUUUUGCCUAGUCAAGUCGCACUCGACAACAAUGAGUUCUUGCUGGCCAGAGAACGUCGGUAUCCUGGCUAUGGAAUUGAUAUUCCCUGCCCAAUACGUCGACCAAACAGAGCUUGAAACCUUCGAUGGAGUCGCACCUGGUAAAUACACCAUGGGGCUUGGCCAGCAGAAAAUGGGCUUUUGUAACGACAGAGAGGACGUACACUCUCUUUGCCUAACUGUGGUUCAAAAGCUCCUGGAGAAGAAUAACAUUAGACAUGAAGAAAUUGGAAGACUGGAGGUGGGCACUGAGACUAUCCUGGAUAAGUCCAAAAGUGUGAAGAGUGUCUUAAUGCAGCUGUUUGAGCCUCAUGGAGUCACUGAUUUGGAAGGGGUCGAUUCGACAAAUGCUUGUUAUGGGGGUACAGCAGCUCUGUUCAACUCUAUUGCCUGGGUGGAGUCUUCAAAUUGGAAUGGAAGGUAUGCCUUGGCAGUUGCUGCAGACAUAGCAGUCUACGCCAAAGGCCCAGCCAGGCCAACUGGCGGAGCUGGAGCAGUAGCCAUGCUCAUUGGCCCCAAUGCUCCUCUGGUAUUCGACAGAGGAAUCCGAUCGACCUAUGUUAAGCACGCUUACGAUUUCUACAAGCCAGACUUGUCGUCAGAGUUCCCGGCUUUUGACGGCAAGUUGAGUGUCCAAUGUUAUCUUAGUGCUGUAGACAAUUGCUAUCAAUCUUAUCGUAAGAACGUCGCUAAGAGACUAGGAAAGAACGUGGAUCUGAACGAUUUUCAUGCGGUUAUUUUCCAUUCUCCUUAUGGUAAACUAGUUCAAAAAUCACUUGCUCGAUUGGAUCUCAAUGAUUACUUACUUACGCCUAAAGAACUCAGGUCGCAGAAAUUUCCUGGUCUCGAACAAUUUACUAACGUCAAAUUAGAAGAUUCGUAUUUUGAUAGAGAUGUAGAAAAAGCCUUUUUGACUCAUAGCCAAGAAACUUUCGUUGCUAAAACGAAACCAUCUUUGUUUAUGUCAAGUCAAAUCGGCAACAUGUAUACUCCUAGUGUCUAUGGGUGUCUGGCAUCUCUACUUAUAAGCAAGAACAUUUCUGAAUUAGCAGGUCAUAAAAUUUUGGCGUUUUCAUAUGGCUCAGGCUUUGUGUCUUCCAUGUUUUCAAUAACCGUCGGUAAAGAUACCGAAAGCCUACAAAAAAUAGCUGCGAAUCUUAGUCAAAUUAAAUGUUUGUUGAAUUCAAGACAGAAAGUACAACCUCACAAAUUUGAGGCUGCGCUAGAAUUAAAACAAGAAAUUGCUCAUAAAGCCCCAUAUACUCCAGUAGGUUGUAUCGAGCAUUUCUUCCCAGGUACGUACUACUUGACAAAGAUAGAUGAAAAACGAAGAAGGUUCUAUGAAAGGGUACCUGAUACCACAAAUGGUCACAUUUAGUAGAAUGAAAUCUUUUGUAGGAAAUCAGUACAAUUCACUUUGAACAAUCUAAGUGAUGCAGGGUAUAGUCUUAUACUGGGAUUAAUAUUUUGUACUUAGAUUGGGUAUAUUACUAGCCAUUUCUCACUUGAGAAACGAGAAUCAAACUUGAUUGAGUGAAUGUAGUUCUUUUGAACUAUGCUCAAUGCAUGAAUAUACAUUUUUUGAGGUGGUUGUAUAUAUAUCUUUGUGCAUGACAGGGUGUUUUGCCUGUCUUUACACAAGCUAUUGCGAAACGAGUAAAUGUCCCUAUUUAGUGCUAGAAUAUUAAACUUUUCUACAUAAACUCAAAAUAUGAAAAUAGGAUUUUAUAAACUGUUUGCUGUUUGCUGUUUCCGUACUAAUCCAUAAUUUCAGGAUGCACAAAGUGAAUUUUUAAAAGUGUUAGUUCAUUUUUCAUUUUGUCAUAAUAAAGAAUACCAACUUGUAGUCGCGCCAGUACAGUCUGUUUAGCAGUUUUUGCACUGUUGUAUGUAAAAAGUGAAACAUUCUUUUUCGGCCGAACAACUUAUUUGUAUUCAAUAAAAAAAACUUUCGACAAAUGCUUAAUUUGAAAGCAAAAUAUUUCUGAAAAUUCAGUUUUUUCAACUCACUACGUCAAUUACACAUUUUAGUAGUUUUAAUGCACUUGUUUUAUCUUAUGAAAGUAGUUCAUUUUAAGAAGCUCACUCUGUAUAAUUUUUUAAAUUAUCAUAUUAAUACUGCUGAGUUCUUUGAGUAAUUUUUGGGGAUACCAAAGUCAAAGUAGUGAGAGCUGAAUUUGAUAUAAGUGCCUCUCAAUAGAAAACAUGAUUCCAAGUAUGUAGAAAGUGAAAGCUUUCAUUUUUGUGAUUGCAGUAUGAUGAAAAAUGUAAAUAAUUAUAAGUCAAAUUAUUAACUGGAUACACUUGUUAUUUCUUAUUUAGAAUAAGCAGAGUCUACUCCGACAGAUUGUUUUAUAGAUAUAUGUUUAUUCAUUUUCAAGAAGAAUGUUAUAUUAUGAAUUAUGAAUAUAUAUUGUUGUUUUAAUUUACUGGUUGCUGUUGAUUUGUAUUUACGGUUGGUUCAUAUUUUGGCUUAAUAAAUUUUGUGCUU